UUCUUCCUCCUCUCUUUUCUUUUCUCCCUCUCCCCGACAUGUGGGCCCCCACGGCCUCGCCGGCGACGGGGAGGGCGGCGCUCCCGCCGCCCCGGCGGCGGAUGGCGGUGGUGCGGAUCGCCGUCGCGGUGGCUCCUGCGAAGGCGCGGCCGCGGCUCUGCCUCGCGGUGCCGCCCGCGUCCGAUAUGUCCGCGGCGGCGGCGGCGAAGGAGGAGGAGGAGGAGGAGAUGGGGUGGAGGAAGGCGGUGGAGCUGGACGCGGCGGCGAGGCGGGAGAUGGCGAUCCGGAGGCUGCAGGAGGAGGCGGGGACGGGGACGGGGAGCAGCAGGAGGGAGUUCGCCGUGUUCGAGACGGCCAGGGGGGACGCGCUCUUCACCCAGUCCUGGACUCCGGUCGCCGCCGCCGCCGCCGAUCGCGUCAAGGGCAUUGUGGUUCUGUUACAUGGUCUAAAUGAGCAUAGUGGGAGGUACAACCAUUUUGCAAAGAUAUUAAAUGAUCAUGGGCUUAAAGUUUAUGCAAUGGACUGGAUUGGACAUGGUGGAAGUGAUGGGGUACAUGGCUAUGUUUCGUCGCUUGAUCAUGCUGUUGGUGACCUGAAAGAAUUUCUGGAGGAUAUUGUACUGGAGGAAAACUAUGGUUUGCCAUGUUUCUUAUUUGGCCACUCCACAGGUGGAGCUAUUGUUUUGAAGGCAGCACUGGAUCCUUGUGUAGAAGUUCAUGUUGAAGGUGUGAUCUUGACAUCACCGGCUAUUCAUGUCCAACCAGCUCAUCCAAUUAUCAAAGUUGUUGCACCAAUCUUCUCUGUGUUAGCUCCAAAAUAUCGAGUUGCUGCUUUGCAUAGGAGAGGACCUCCUGUUUCCCGUGAUCCUGAGGCUUUGAAGAUCAAGUAUGCUGAUCCACUUGUGUAUACUGGACCCAUUAGAGUUAGAACUGGCAAUGAAAUUCUUCGGAUAUCAUCAUACUUGCAAAGAAACUUAAGCAGAGUAACUGUCCCUUUCUUAGUUCUGCAUGGCACCGCCGACACGAUAACUGACCCUAGAGCUUCUCAACGACUAUACCAAUCAUCAGCAUCAGCGCAUAAAUCUAUAAAACUGUAUGAUGGAUAUUUACAUGAUCUUCUUUUUGAACCUGAAAGGGAUGAUAUAGCAAAUGACAUCAUCAAUUGGUUAAGCUCAAGACUUAAUGUUCUCCAGAGAUGGUGAAGUGAAUCAGCUAUAUGGUGCUACUGGAACACGGUAUAGAAGAUAAAGGCUAAUUGUAAAACAUUUUCAUUUAGUAUGCUGCCUUUGCCUUUGUAGAUGUUUUUGUCUAGUUAUUGCAGUCAAGGUGGGAAACGAACCUACCUGAGAUGUAAGUAGUGCAAGAUAGAGCAUGUUGAAAAAUAUGUACUUCAUUAUGGUAAUAGUAAAUGUAUUUAAAGAAAAGCAUGAGUUCGCCAUUGAGUUUG